AUGGCUUUCGAAGUCGCUGCUGUCAAAUCACCUUCGCUUGAAGUUCCUGCUUCAAACAAUGUUGUCACUGUUCGCAUAAUCGACACCGGGAACAGAUUAUCCAUACCUACGAGUUAUUGUUCGGACCUCGUUAUUAAGUGUCAUGAGAUCUCCAGAUCUCCUCAGUUUUCAUUUCCUGAUGUCCUAGACGUCCUCGAGGAGAAUGGCAUCAAGAGGAAAGAGACUGAAGAAGUUUUUGGAGGUAGAGUUCACUGGCACCUGGACCACAUAGGCGACAUUUCACGCUUUCCAUCCAGCACAAAACUUAUCGUCGGACCCGGUUUUAUCAACGCCUUAGUCCCUGGCUAUCCUGCUGAUGAGCAUAGCCUGAUACUAGAAAGUGACUACAAAGACCGACCUUUGAUCGAACUAAAUUUCAAAGGAGAUAAAGCCUUGAGAUUCAGCAAAUUUGAUGCCAUAGAUUGGUUUGGUGACGGAAGUUUUUACAUUCUGGAUGCUCCAAGGCACACUGUGGGCCACAUCAAUGCACUGGCGCGCACUACCCCGGACACUUUCAUCUACCUGGGCGGCGAUACCUGCCACCAUUGUGGUGAGUUCCGACCAAGCGAAUACGUUCCCCUCCCUGAUGUAGUCACGCCUUCUCCUUACUCGACGCCACCAUUUGCCCCCGGAACUGAAUGCCCAGGGUCUUUCAUCUUGAAUUUUCAUCCGCAAAAAUCGCCCACAAAACCCUUCUACAAUCAGAUUGUGCAAGACGACUCGAUGCAAGAUUAUCCAAAAUUGUUGGAAUCAGCCGACAAAAUGUCUUUAUUCGACGGAGAUGAACAUGUCCUGGUUUUAAUUGCACACGACUCUUUAGUGCUGGGCAGGGUCGAUUUUUUCCCCAAGCUGGCUAACAAAUGGAAACAGCGGGGAUGGAAGAGUGCUGUUCGCUGGACGUUCCUCCAAGACUUCAAGCCGUAA